UGUAGUUUUUACCGUUUCUUCGCAGCAACUCAUCAUUUCGGGUCCACGUGGGCCCCCAGGAAUCGCUGGAAUUCCUGGAUUGCCAGGAGAGCCGGGGGUUCGAGGUCAGCCAGGCCUUCCAGGCUCACCAGGAACCUCUGUAUGUAACUGUGUAAACCUGAGCCAUACUAAAGUCGAUGGAUAUCAAUGAAAUUGUCGGACACUGUUGUAGCUAACGUAUUGAGGGGUGUCCAACUGAUUUUUGUUGCCAAACAUUGAACAGAACAUUUGUGGCAGAGUGACCAUUGACGCCAAAGUAGCCCGGAUGUUUGAAUAUCCACGUGAAAUAUUCUAACAAAUCUGACAAACGGAAUCACAUCAUUGGAACGAGCAAGACAUGUAUUUAUUUGUUUUUAACAUUCAUCCACGCUCACAAUUACAGCAUGGGCAUAAUUAUGGAGCCACCCCAUAACAGCUGAGGCAUGGAAAUCAGCAGUACAUUGCGGAUUUAUGAAUAUACCUGCUCACACACUGAUUCUACAUCAAAUCAUGCUAUUUGGGUAUUUAUAUUGUUCUGAUUGGACGCUUUGGCAACGUGUAGCAGCAAAAAGAUUAAGAGAAUGACCAGACUAACCAUCGCUGCCAUGCAUUACCAUGUCCAAACCGUUCAUGUGACGUCACAAGAGCAGAUGAGAAUAGACUCACAAUAUGCAAGGUCGACCUGGUAGAGAUGGCACGAUGGGACUGCCUGGUCCUCCAGGGAGUGCUCUUGUCUUAAUGCGAGGACUUCCAGGAAAACCAGGAGUCAAUGGGACAGGUGGUUUACCAGGCCUUCCAGGUUAUAAUGGAACAAAAGGACAUAAGGGUGAACGUGGUCCACAAGGAUUUAAUGGAACCGUUGGACAAAAUGGUAAACCAGGGAGGAAUGGUCAGAAGGGAGCUGAUGGACUUCCAGGUAGGAAUGGCACACACGGCACUCCGGGUCAAAUGGGACAUCCUGGCCAGUCAGGAAGACCAGGAACAAAUGGAUCCAACGGAUUUGAUGGUGAAAAAGGAGAGAAAGGAGUUAAGGGUGACAUUGGGCCUAUUGGUGUGCCUGGUCUGAAAGGAUCUAAGGGUGUUUCUGGAGUGAAGGGAUCCAAGGGUGAUUUCGGGAAGCAAGGUCCAGUUGGUUUUACAGGUCCUCCUGGGCAAGCAAUAAAGGGUGAAACUGGAGCUCCUGGCGUUUCUGGAAAUAAAGGAUCAGCUGGUCUUCCUGGUCGUCCAGGAGUAGCUGCAGAUAGAGGAUCCAAAGGUAGUCAGGGUGACAAAGGAGACAAAGGAGAAGUCGGUGAUAAUGGUUCUCAAGGUCUAAAGGGAGCUCAAGGUGUUCCCGGAGUAAAAGGUGAAAAGGGUGACAUUGGACCAGCUGGAAUAAAUGGAACAGAAGGACCUAAGGGAAAACAAGGAGAAGCAGGCCAAUUUGGAACUAAAGGUGACGUGGGUCCAACAGGGCCAAAAGGACGAACGGGUGAUUCUGGAGAGAAAGGAGAUAAGGGCCUGAAGGGAGAUAUUGGAUUGCCUGGACUACAGGGUUCUGGUGGUGGCAAUGGUGAGAAGGGAGUCAAAGGAAAUCAGGGAACAAAGGGAGGAAUGGGGCUACCUGGACCAGGAGGUUUGAAAGGUGAACCAGGUUCAACUGGUGUAGACGGUGCAAAGGGAGAGAAAGGAAAUACUGGUCCUGCCGGUCCACAGGGCAACAAGGGUUCUAAAGGAGCCAAGGGCCAAAAAGGUCAAGACGGAAGAACGGGAGAAAGAGGAGAGCAGGGAAUCAAGGGAGAUCAAGGUGCUGCUGGACCACCUGGACCUGCCGGCCCAAUGUCUACUGCUGGAGGUAAGUGUGAUAAUUACAGAAUGGUAGUCAGAGUUUCUGGAUUAUAUAAAGGGUCAAGGCGAGCUUUUGAAAAGUCUUAUGUAGCUGUCUGGUAGCAAUAUACAGUGAGUCCAACACUUGGAAGGUCCAACCUUUGAUGCGAUAGCUAAAGGAAUUUUGAAAGACAAAAUGAGUUUGUAACCCAACUGCAUGUAAGUCUUUGCACAUCAAUAUGUGGUAUUACUUUACUAUAGUCAAUUGUCUAGUCUGUUCCAAAUUAGUCGAGAGGUUUACGAAAUGAAAUUGGCUUGUUGCAUCAAACCUUGAUCCAACUUGGUUGAGUAGAUUACCUUACUUUACUUGUACUCACAUUAUUUAUAGUCCAGACUCAGAGACUGAACCUUUCUGACAUAUAAUCAAGUCCAACAUUAUCCAAACAAGCUGCUUUUAUGAAACAGGAAAAGGUAACCAAGUUAUGAUAGACCAAGACGUCCUUCUAGAGCUCUUGCGGCUGCUCAAUAACAGCAAAUCGGAUACAACUGAUAAGGCAGGAACCGGCACUGGUCAAAACUCGUCACAGGACGGAUCUCAACAAUUGCUGAAGUUGCCCGAGUGUAAAAGUACUGAAUACUUGACAACACACAACGGGCAGUUGACGUGCAGAUCUAUUAGCGAAGGGCUGGUUGAACUUCUCCAGUGUCGAGAUGGUCAAGUGUUGGAGAUCAAGAAUGGCAGCCCUAGAUGUCAAGACCCUCAGAACGUGCUUCAGUGUACAUGUGAUGCACCAAAUUGCCCUCUGGGAACAUACGUUGCCGGGGACGGUUCGAAAUUAUUCUGUCGUCGUUUCACACUGCAAGAGUACCGUUAUUUUGUUGCGACAACAAAUUGACGGAAAGCAUUUCAUAUUAUUUAUCUAUGUCACGUGAUCACGUUACACCUGCGUAUAUCACGAACUCUUCUGAAAUGCUAUCCCAUUAUCCUCUUCUCUGCUCUGCUCUGUUCUGCUUUAAUCACUGCAACCAGAUAAGUUCCGCGCGCAUGCAUUGAAAUGGUCAUUAUAACUAAAAAACU